AUGCAACCUAUUGCGCAUUGGCAAAUAAGUCGUAAGCAAGGCGCAAAUUGGACGGUUAGCACUUCUGAUUAUAGAGAUAAAUUUAUUCAAUCAAACCUUCAAUUGACGCCCAUGCAGCUCAGAUUCAUUGAGUUGCAGGGCUUCUUGAACCGCCUCUUGCUCAAGAAAUUCAACGUACGCAAAACCUUUGGGCUGACCAAACUUAUCACUCAAAAUGGUCACACGGUUGACUGUUCCACAUGCUUGAAAAUGCUGCUGAACUUCCUCCGGGGGUAUGAAGCUAUGUCCAAUGCUACUCAGGGGUAUGACAGACCCUGCGAUGAUAGUGAGAAGCAUUAA